GUGUUGUUCUUCUGAAGAAACGGUAGAGUGGAGAACCUUCUUGUUGCAGCACUCUGCUCACGCAGCCAGAUAAAAUGAGCGAUGCCGAGAUGGAAAUAUUCGGGGUGGCUGCCCCAUACCUCCGCAAAUCAGAGCGGGAGAGAAUCGCAGCCCAAAACAUGCCGUUUGAUGCCAAAACAGCCAUCUUUGUGCCUGACCCAAAGCAGGAGUAUGUGAAGGGGAAAAUCAGAAGCCAAGAUGGCCCCAAGGUCACCGUGGAGACUGAGGAUGGAAAGAUUGUCGUAGUUCACCUGGACGACACUCGCCCCAUGAACCCUCCUAAGUUUGACAAGCUGGAGGACAUGGCAAUGCUGACACAUCUGCACGAACCAGCUGUGCUCUUUAACCUCAAGGAGCGCUACGCCACCUGGAUGAUCUACACCUACUCUGGGCUCUUCUGCGUGACUGUGAACCCCUAUAAGUGGCUACCAGUCUACAACCCAGAGGUGGUGGCUGGAUACCGUGGGAAGAAACGGCAAGAGGCCCCCCCACACAUCUUCGCCAUCUCUGACAGUGCUUACCAGUACAUGCUCACAGAUCGAGAGAACCAGUCUAUCCUGAUCACUGGAGAAUCUGGUGCCGGGAAGACCGUCAACACAAAACGAGUCAUCCAGUAUUUUGCAACAAUUGCAUCAAUGGGAGACUUGAGCAAGAAAGAGCAACUUUCCGGCAAAAUGAAGGUUCAGUUCACUUAUCUCACAUUCUGGCAAUGUAUUGAUCAGGGGAAUCUGGAGGAUCAAAUCAUCCAGGCUAACCCUCUGCUGGAAGCUUUUGGGAAUGCCAAGACUGUGAGGAACGACAACUCCUCUCGCUUUGGGAAAUUCAUCCGCAUCCACUUUGGAACAAAGGGGAAGUUGGCAUCAGCUGAUAUUGAAACAUACCUUUUGGAAAAAUCCAGAGUGACCUUUCAGCUGCCGGCAGAGAGGAGUUAUCACAUCUUCUAUCAGAUCUUGUCAAACAAGAAGCCUGAUUUAAUUGAGAUGAUGCUAAUAACCACCAACCCAUACGACUACCCUUUCAUCAGCCAGGGAGAAAUCACUGUGCUGAGCAUCAAUGAUCCCGAGGAGCUGAUGGCCACUGAUAGUGCCAUUGACAUCCUGGGGUUUAACACGGAGGAAAAGGUCGGCAUCUACAAGCUGACUGGCGCUGUGAUGCAUUAUGGUAACAUGAAGUUCAAGCAGAAGCAGCGGGAGGAGCAGGCGGAGCCCGACGGCACCGAGGUGGCGGACAAAGUGGCCUACCUCAUGGGUCUGAACUCUGCUGAUUUGCUGAAGGCUCUGUGUUACCCCCGAGUGAAGGUCGGGAAUGAGUAUGUCACCAAAGGUCAGACUCCUCAGCAGGUGAACAAUGCCAUGGGCGCCCUGUCUAAGGCCGUGUAUGAGAAGCUGUUCCUGUGGAUGGUCACACGUAUCAAUCAGCAGCUCGACACCAAACUUCCAAGACAGCAUUUCAUUGGCGUCCUGGAUAUCGCAGGAUUUGAGAUUUUCGAGAUGAACAGCCUGGAGCAGCUGUGCAUCAACUUUACAAACGAGAAGCUGCAACAGUUUUUUAACCACCACAUGUUUGUGUUGGAGCAAGAGGAAUACAAGAAAGAAGGGAUUGCGUGGGAGUUCAUAGACUUUGGCAUGGAUUUGGCAGCCUGCAUUGAGCUCAUUGAAAAGCCGAUGGGUAUUUUCUCUAUUCUGGAAGAGGAGUGCAUGUUUCCAAAGGCAACAGACAGCUCCUUCAAGAACAAGCUGUACGACCAACACCUGGGGAAGAACAGCAUCUUUCAGAAGCCCAAGCCCUCCAAAGGAAAGGCCGAAGCUCACUUCUCACUGAUGCAUUAUGCCGGCACUGUCGACUACAACCUCAGCGGCUGGCUGGAGAAAAACAAAGACCCACUUAAUGACACUGUGGUGCAGCUUUAUCAGAAAGCUUCCCUGAAGCUGCUCUGUCAGCUGUUUGCCACAUAUUCCACUGCUGAAGCUGAUGGAACUAAGAGAAGUACCAAGAAAAAGGGUUCUUCCUUCCAGACGGUUUCUGCACUUUUCAGGGAAAACCUGAAUAAACUGAUGGCCAACCUCCGGUCCACACAUCCACACUUUGUAAGAUGUAUUAUCCCCAAUGAAACCAAGACCCCAGGCUCCAUGGAUCACCAUCUUGUCCUUCACCAGCUGCGCUGUAACGGUGUGCUGGAAGGUAUCAGGAUUUGCAGAAAGGGAUUCCCCAGCAGGAUCCUCUAUGGAGAUUUCAAACAGAGAUACAGGAUUCUGAAUGCCAGUGCGAUCCCUGAGGGUCAGUUUAUUGACAGCAAGAAAGCUUCAGAGAAACUGCUCUCCUCCAUUGAUGUGGAUCAUGCCCAGUAUAGAUUUGGAUACACAAAGGUGUUUUUCAAAGCCGGCCUGCUGGGUCUCCUGGAGGAGAUGAGGGAUGAACGACUGGCGGUGCUGAUGACUCGGAUCCAGGCUGUGUCCAGAGGUUAUGUCACCAGGCUCAGGCUCAAGGAGAUGAUGAAGAAAAGAGAGUCAAUUUUCAUCAUCCAGUACAACAUCCGCUCCUUCAUGAAUGUUAAGAACUGGCCUUGGAUGAGGCUCUUCUUCAAGAUUAAGCCUCUGUUACGGAGUGCCGAGGCUGAGAAGGAGAUGCAGAACAUGAAAGAGGAGUUUGCACGACUCAAAGAGGAGUUGGCAAAGUCGGAGGCCAGGAGGAAGGAGGUGGAGGAGAGAAUGGUGAUGCUCGUCCAGGAGAAGAAUGACCUCUACCUUCAAAUCCAAGCAGAGAGGGAGAACCUGUGCGAUGCCGAGGAGAGGUGUGAAGGCCUGAUAAAAAGCAAGAUCCACCUGGAGGCCAAAGUCAAAGAGUUCUCAGAGAGGAUGGAGGAAGAGGAGGAGAUCAAUGCCGAAAUCACUGCAAAGAAGAGGAAGCUGGAGGACGAAUGUACGGAGCUCAAAAGAGACAUCGAUGACCUCGAACUCACCAUCGCCAAAGUGGAGAAGGAGAAAUAUGCCACAGAAAAUAAGGUUAAGAACUUGGUCGAGGAGCUCACUACUCUUGAGGAAAAAUUGCUGAAGUCCUCCAAGGAGAUCAGAGCUUUGCAGGAAGUGCACCAGCAGACCUUAGAUGACCUCCAGGCUGAGGAGGAUAAAGUGAACUCUCUAAUGAAGAUCAAAAUCAAGCUGGAGCAACAGGUUGAUGAUCUGGAGGGCUCACUGGAGCAGGAGAAGAAGGUCCAUGCAGACUUGGAGAGAUCCAAAAGAAAACUGGAGGGGGAUCUGAAGCUGUCCCAGGAAACCAUCAUGGACCUGGAGAAUGAAAGACAGCAAAUGGAGGAGAGACUGAAAAAAAAGGACUUUGAAAUCAGCAGCCUGCAGUGCAAAAUUGAAGAUGAGCAAGUCCUAAAUAGUCAACUGCAAAAGAAGAUCAAAGAGCUUCAGGCUCGCACUGAAGAGCUAGAAGAGGGAAUCGAGGCUGAGCGCUCGGCUCGAGCCAAAGUGGAGAAGCAGAGGUGUGAUCUGUCCAGAGAGCUGGAUGAGAUCAGCGAGAAGCUGGAGGAGGCCGGAGGAGCCACCGCUGCUCAGGCCGAGCUGAACAAGAAGCGCGAGGCUGAGUUUCAGAGGCUGCGUCGAGACCUGGAAGAGUCCACCCUGCAGCACGAAUCCAUCGCCGCCACUCUACGCAAGAAACAGGCUGACAGUGUCGCCGAGCUCAGUGAUCAGAUAGACAACCUUCAGAGAGUCAAACAGAAACUGGAAAAAGAGAAAAGUGAGCUGAAGAUGGAAGUCGACGACAUGGCGAGCAACACGGAGUGUGUUCUGAAAAGCAAGGCUAAUCUGGAGAAAAUGUUCAGGAACCUUGAGGACCAAAUGAAUGAAUAUAAAACCAAAGCAGAUGAAGCCCAGAGGUCUCUGAGUGAUUACACUACACUCUGUGCUCGUCAACAAACAGAAAAUGGUGAGCUGACACGUCUGCUGGAGGAGAAAGAGAUCACCCUGUCCCAGCUGAGCAGAGUCAAAACUGUGGGGAGUCAACAAAUCGAAGAGUUGAAGAGACUUUUGGACGAAGAAAUGAAGGCAAAAAAUGCCCUGGCUCACAGUUUGCAGUCAUCUCGUCACGACUGUGAGCUGCUGAGAGAGCAGUACGAGGAGGAGCAGGAGGCCAAAGCUGAGCUGCAGCGCUGCCUGUCCAAAGCCAACAGCGAGGUGGCUCAGUGGAGAACAAAAUAUGAGACAGAUGCCAUCCAACGCACCGAGGAGCUUGAGGAGGCGAAGAAGAGGCUGGCCCAGCGGCUGCAGGAGUCUGAGGAAAUGACAGAAGCAGCAAAUGUCAAAUGUGCAUCUCUGGAGAAAACCAAGCAGAGGCUGCAGGCGGAGGUGGAGGAUCUCAUGGUUGAGCUGGAAAGGUCAAAUGCAGCCAAUGCCACCUUGGACAAGAAACAGAGGAACUUUGAUAAGAUCCUGGCUGAAUGGAAACAGAAAUAUGAGGAGAGUCAGUCAGACCUGGAAGUUUCCCAAAAAGAGGCUAGAGUGCUCAGUACAGAACUCUUCAAGAUGAAAAACUCGUACGAAGAGGCUCUGGAUCAUCUGGAGACCAUGAAAAGAGAGAACAAAAACCUUCAGCAGGAAAUUACAGAAAUCACAGAUCAAAUUGGACAAUCUGCAAAAACUAUCCAUGAGCUGGAGAAAGCUGCAAAGCAAGCUGAGCAGGAGAAGCGAGACAUCCAGGCGGCUCUUGAGGAAGUUGAGUCUUCCCUGGAACACGAGGAGGCCAAAAUCCUGCACCUGCAACUGGAGCUGAAUCAGAUCAGGUCAGAAGUAGACAGAAGGGUGGCGGAGAAAGACGAAGAAAUCGACCAGCUCAAGAGGAACUACCAGAGAACUGUGGACACUCUGCAGAACACGCUGGACACCGAGACACGUAGCAGGAACGAUGCCGUCCGGAUGAAGAAGAAGAUGGAGGGAGAUCUGAAUGAGAUGGAGAUCCAGCUUGGUCAUGCUAACCGCCAAGCAGCCGAGGCCACCAAACAAACCAGGAACCUUCAGGCUCAGUUAAAGGAUGCUCAGGUUCAUCUGGAUGAAGCAUUGCACUGUCAGGAGGACUUUAGGGAACAACUAGCUAUCACAGAGCGCCGCAACAACCUGAUGAUGGCUGAGAACGAGGAGAUCAAAGCGGCGCUGGAGCAAUCGGAGAGAGGCCGCAAGCUGGCCGAGCAGGAACUGAUCGAAGUCAGUGAGAGGAUUCAGCUGCUGCACUCUCAGAACUCCAGCCUCGUAAACACUAAAAAGAAGAUGGAGUCUGAUUUAAUUCAGCUGCAGUCAGAGAUGGAGGACACCGUCCAGGAGGCGAGGAAUGCAGAUGAGAAGGCCAAAAAAGCCAUCAUGGAUGCUGCCAUGAUGGCUGAGGAGCUGAAGAAAGAACAGGACACCAGCGCUCACCUGGAGAGGAUGAAGAAGAACCUGGAGGUGACAGUGAAAGACCUGCAGCAGCGUCUGGAUGAGGCCGAGCAGCUGGCUCUGAAGGGAGGGAAGAAAGAGCUUCAGAAACUGGAAGCCAGGGUCCGUGAGCUGGAAAAUGAAUUAGAAUCAGAACAGAAACGCAGCGGGGAGGCCAUGAAAGGUGUGCGGAAAUAUGAGAGGAAAAUUAAAGAGCUCACUUAUCAGAGUGAGGAGGAAAAGAAGAGCGUGGCACGACUUCAGGAUUUGGUCGAUAAACUGCAACUGAAAGUGAAAGCAUAUAAGCGGCAGUGUGAGGAGGCGGAGGAACAAACCAGCAUCCAUUUGGCUAAAGCUCGGAAGGUGCAACACGAACUGGAGGAAGCUGAGGAACGAGCUGAUAUCGCAGAAUCCCAGUUGAAUAAAUUACGAGCAAAGAGCCGCGAUAUUGUUGGUAAAGGGGAAUAGAAGUCUACGCUGUAUCAGCUUUGUGACAGUGCAUUUUCCAGACAGUCCAAUAGGUUUUAAAAUGGUUUAUUUAGCUUUAGAAGAAGAAUUUUUCACAACCUACAGUAUAAAGGAACACUACAAUUUAUCCCAAAAACUCAAAUCACCAAAUUUGGAGAUGCAUGUUUUUCUUUGGACAGUAAGCUGUGGCUUUAGUUUCAGCAUUAUUUGAUCACUGGGUGACAGUUGUACAAAUCAUGGUAAAAAAGUAAUAAACUCACCUUCCAAUAAGCGAAAAAUGUCAUAUAAGGUGAUGUGAUGAAUGACAUCAUAUUUAUUACAUUAAAGCUGUAAUCGGUAACCUUUAUAAAAACAACUUUUUAUCAUAUUUGCUGAAACUAUCAGUAUAUCCAGACAGUAGUGCAUGAGACAGAUAAUCUGUGAAAAAAUCAGGCCUGUGAAUGGUUUCGUUUUGGCUUGACUGUUUCCAACAUGGCAGCCGGGCCACAAACUCAUUCUCAUGUUACAUCUAAACCGUACACUAAAAUAUGUUUUUGAACACCUGAGGUGAGAAAUAGGCAAUGCAGCAACUGAAUCUUGAUUAAAAUUUUAUCAGUGCUGCCUUUGAGAGUUUGACGCAGUUCAGGAGCAACGAUUGACAUGAUUGACAGCUGCAUUAGAGACCCCUUGACUCUGACUGAUCGCUUUCGUUCAUGGGUGGUGGAUUCCAGCAAAUGCCAUUAGAGGCACUACAAGGAGGCAGAGUAACAUGAUUUUAUCUGUCUCAUGUACUUAUGUGUGAAUAAAGUGACAGUUUGAGCAAAUAUAACUAAAGUUAUUUUAAAAAAGUUGUGAACUACAGCUUUGAAAGGGCAGUUGCAUUAUGGGAAAUGUAGGAUCCAGGGUUUUAGAUGUUGGUCCCCACUAGGAACUAACAGUCUGCAUAUGUUGUUCUCUAGUUCUUCAAUUUUUGUACAUUUUUCUUUCUUUCUGUCUCUUGGAAAUGUCAUUAACUUGGCAGAUAUUUAGUCAUGAACCAAAGUAUUGAACAGAUUAAAACUUUAAUCUACUGGUGGCACUUGAAGUUAAGGGAUCACCAAAGUCAUUUGGAUUCAUCCUCUGAGGAACAUGAAUGUCUGCAACAAAUUUCAUGACAAUCCAUCCAAUACAUGUGAAGACAUUUUACUCAAAUCCAGAAGUGUCAAUCUCAUUGUGGUGCUACAGGAAAAGUCAGAGUAUCACCAAGCCAGUAGGAAUCAUCCACUGGGGAACAUGAAUAUGUCAACAAAAUUUCAUGACAGUGCAUCCAAUAGUUGUUGAGAUAUCUCAGUCUUUACCAAAGUGGUGGACUGACUGACAGACCAACUUUGCCACCAGCUUUAUCCCCGUCUAUGUCUAUGUAAAGAUCAUCUAGGGUUGAGUAAAGACUUGAGGCAGAGUUGUAGAAUGAUUAUAAACAAACAAUGUUUCCUGCAUAUAUACAGCAUCUGGUCACCAUUCUGUGUUGCUAAGCCUGGGAUCAAUGGAGACGGAGCAAAGAAAACAGUGUCGGCUCAACACGUUCCGGGAAUAGUGUCUACUCUACAGUUAUUUAUGCACUGACCUGAACUAAAACCUCAUUCUUACCAAGACACAGGAAAAUACCUUUCUGCCUAUCAAGCACUGCGAAAUA